UGACCAGCUGUUGCCUCCAAACGAGGAAGUUCCUCCUGCGUUGCUUUCUGUUUGUCUGGAAGCUGCUGUCCACCGUCCACAUGUCCGUGUUCAGUUUAAGGAUCUUUCACUGAUCAACCAGCGGAGUUUGGAGUUUGUUUCUGGAGGAUUUAAGCGGAGUUAAAGUGAACCGAGGUGAGUUCAGGAUCUGAUCUGACAAAAACUGGAUGGAGAAGAAGAGAACGAUGAAGCAUUUUCCUCCAUAUGGAUCCUUGAAUGAGAACUCAUCAGGAGAAACCUGCCCGACGUGUCGCGGCACCGGACGGAUCCCCAGAGGUCAAGAAGAUCAGCUGGUUGCUGUAAUACCGUGCAACGAUGUCAGGCUGAAACCAAGACGCACGAAGCUCUAUGUGUGCAUCUCCAUGGGUGUGUGUCUGUUUCUGUGCUGCCUCAUCCUGUUCUUUCUUUUCCCGCGGAGCAUCACGCUGGCGCCGGCGUCGGUGGUGUCGGUCAUGGUUUACUUCAGCCCAGAUACCGUUUCCUUGGAGGUCACAAACCGCAUCAACAUCACCAACGAGAACUUUGUCCCGGUCCAGAUCACCGACUUCACCAUCCAGGGUUUGGUGGAUAAGUCAGUGGUGGGUAAGAACAAGACGACCAACAUGACGGCGCUGCAGUCCAGAACGCAGACAUCUUACACCUACCAGGUGGACCUGUCCAUCACAGAAAAAGGCUUAAACGCCUACUGCAAGUCGAAAAACAUCAAGAUUCACACGUUAUUUUUGGCGCUGCAAAUGACGAUGAAUAUUUCCUACCUGGCACACACGGAGCAGCUUUCUCUGGACACCUUCGAAUACAUCGACUGCGGCACCAACUCGACCAUCCCUCAUCCUGUCAGGUCCCAGUAUGGAACCAUGGACAUGUGGCAUCGCAGCGCUAAUGACUGAACAAAUACGGAGAAAAAUGCUCCAUAGGACUUUAAUGAGUCACUACAGAGUCAUAAUUUAAACCUGUGAUGCUUCAAAUGCACUCAUAUCUCAGCACAAGGUUUUAUUUUGCCUGUAAAUCUAAUUUCUGAAAUGUGAAAAUGGUUUUAUAAGUUGUGUAUGUUUUGUAAUGUUUUGUAAAAAGCUUAAUUUUGCAAUGCAAUGAGGAGCUGAACUCUGAUAAUCUGCUGGUUUAUCAUUUGCACUUUAUUAAACUGAGGCAUUUAAGGUUCCA